CCCAUAACAAUAGACGAUUAGCGGUCGCCAGGCGCAGAUACUCAUUCAGUAGCGGUAGAGUAUGUUUGACUACGUUUUGAGGACAGUGCCUGGAGAUACGAUUUUGAGUUACCACGGCAAUUACGUUACGUAAUACUUGACGGCUACGGUAACUCGCAGUCCUGUCGUACUGUCAGCAGACGCAGUAUAGGCAAACGCUACUCAGUGAAUGACAAAAGUAUACAAGGACGCUUUUUCCAGCGCAGGUCCGAGAUGGGAAACGACCCUGCCAGCUUGUACUACACGCCUUACGUCCACUUCGUCAGUUACUGCCUCGGGAUCUUGGCAGCGUUUUACCACUCAAAGUACGGAACCGACAAUAUAGGCAAAGCAAAGCAAGUCUUGCUGUGGGUGGCUUCCCUGCUGUGCAUGUCGGGCGUCCUGUUCGGAUCCAUCCUGUGGAACUCCGGCGCGGAAGCACCUAGUCCUUGGGUCGCCGCCUUUUACAAGGCCACGCAUCGAGCACUUUUCAGCGCUGGACUUUGCUGGAUCAUGUUCGCCUGCGUCACCGGCAGGGCUGGGUUCAUCAAUAAUAUCUUGUCUUGGCCGGCCUGGGUUCCAUUGAGCCGGCUCUCUUUUGGGUCCUACAUGAUUCAUGACUUCAUUCUGUUCUACCAAUGGCUGAACUUCCGAAAUAGGAUCAACGAAGGUUAUUUUUUCUUGAUGACGUUAGUGGCCGGCAACUUCGCCGCUUCGUUCGCGGCGUCAAUUUUGCUGCACGCAUUUUUGGAGAAGCCCAUUGUCCUGAUGAGCACCGUUGUCGAAGAAAUGCUGCCUCGGUUUUUGCCGCAGCGCUGGCGUCGCGCCGAUCCCGCAAGUCAAGGAACAACAGGAUCGGCCAGACCUUUCACUGAACGCUCGAAAGCCUCAUAAUUAAAGAUAUAAACAAAUAACGGUAAAGUUUUUCGAUUUCUGCAUAAGUUCGCCCGCAUUGUCGAGAGUACUAACAAUAAAAGU